GAAAACAUCACACGUGUAAACAUUACAUGAACACCGCUUGUUUGGAAAAAUAACCCGCGAAAAAAUAAAAAAUGUCAACAAAGUUGAAAUCAACAAUUACCUCAUCUUUUAAGAUGCACGGCUUAUCUUUAAGAAGUGAAGCAAGUCGUUAUCUGGUGGAUGUAUUUUCGCAGGUAGAUGAAGAAGAUUGUCAAGAAUGGCUAGAUAAAAUCAUAGAAAUUGUGCAAAAACAGCCGUUAACAUCGUCAUUGAUAGACAAACAGAUUUGUGAGAGUGCGGUACAAGAGUGCAAUGCUGAACAAGAUGAUGAGAGUGACAAAAUAUUUUCUGUGAUUGAUGCAUUUUCUGUGCCAAGGUUUACCUAUCAGAAAGACAGGAAAAAGUUUAUACCAAACUCUACCCUGGGGUUGCCAGCCCCGUGUCUACACGGUAAUGCUAAUGAUAAAGCUAAUUUGUUUAGGGAGAGGUACACAAUACUUCAACAGAGAACACUGAGACAUGAUCUGUUCACACCGCCAGCUUUAGGAAGUGCACCAGAUGAAAGUAAAAAAUUUCAGUUGAAGCCUAUAGAAUACCUGCUUGGAACCACAGCCAAGGUCGGAGAGGUCAUAGUGUUAGGAAUGCUUACACAGCUCAAGGAGGGCAAGUGGUAUUUAGAAGAUCCCACAGGUGUUGUACAGAUAGAUCUUUCUAAAGCUAAUUUUCACACAGGGCUGUUUACAGAGAACUGCUUUGUAUUAGCUGAAGGUUGGUAUGAAGAUGAAAUGUUUCAUGUAAAUGCAUUUGGAUUUCCUCCACCAGAACCAGCCAAAACUACCAGAUCUUUCUUUGGCAACUUGAACUUUUUUGGGGGACCAUCAACAACAAGUGUGAAAGCAUCAAGCAAGCUACAACAAAUAGAACAGGAAAAUUCUGAUGCCAUGUUUAUAAUCCUCUCUGAUGUCUGGCUGGACCAGAUUAAAGUCAUAGAGAAGUUGAGGGUAUUAUUCUCAGGUUACUCAGGGUUUCCACCAACAUGUUUUAUUUUCUGUGGUAAUUUUCUUUCAUCACCAUUGGGAACUAGUCAUGCAAAGGUUUUAAAAGAGUGUUUUGAGCAAUUAGCAGAGUUGAUGUGUGAGUUUCCAGACCUUAUCAAAAGCAGUAAAUUCUUGUUCAUACCUGGACCUCAGGACCCGGGACCAUCCACAAUAUUACCUAGGCCAGCAAUACCAAAUUCUGUAACAGAGGAGAUCAGAAAGAAAGUACCGUCUGCAAUAUUUGCCAGUAAUCCAUGCAGGAUACAGUACUGUACACAAGAAAUUGUUGUAUUCCGUGAAGAUAUUGUCACAAAGAUGUGUCGCAACUGUGUCAAGUUUCCAGAGGAUGGUGAUGUUCCAACACAUUUUACAAAGACUUUGGUAUGUCAAGGACACCUGACUCCCCUCCCACUUCAUGUUUCACCUGUUUACUGGGCAUACGAUUGUGGAUUGCGCUUGUACCCACUACCAGACCUUGUGAUAUGUGCGGACAAACAUGACCCUUUUCACAGCACAUCAGUAGACUGUACAGUUUUAAAUCCGGGUUCAUUUCCUAGAACAGAUUACAGUUUCAAGGUGUAUCUACCUGCCACAAGACAGAUUGAAGACAGUAAAAUAGAAGAUUAAUCUUGAUGAUCUCACAUAGAAAUCUCAUCAUGAAAAAAGCAAUUUAUCAUUAUUUAAUAUUGACUCAUCUUUUCUUACUAAUGUGAAAGUGCAUUUACAUUAGAGACUUGUUAACAACUUUUUUGAUAAGAUUUUGUUUUCUUUUUACCACUGUUGAUAAAAAUUGUUUUUAUAGUGUAUUAAGAAGAGACUUUCAGUAUAGCUUUAUACUGGUAUAAUUGUAUUUCCAGCAACAUCUAUUUAGAGUAUGUUUUGAAACAGUCAAAAGAAAAAGCAUUGUCAUAGAUUUUGAAUAGUAUCAGUAAUGUAUUCUUCGUGGAAAGUCAGACUCUAGUACAUAAGGAAUAAUAAAAUUUUCAAUAUAUUUGUGGUUUAAUAGUCUUAAUUGACAUGCAUUUGUUAAAAUUGUAGGUAACAGAAAGAAAAAAAAGGUGUUUUAGAUGGGACUAAUAAUGUGCUAUGUAAUAGACAAAAGAACUUUUCUCUUCAGGAUUAUAGGUCUUUAAAACCAGUAUAUUACUUCAAUAGCAUUGAUAAAUGUGAUUAUUUAAGCUUUUUAUGUUUGAAAUAUUAUAUUCAUUUACUCCUAUUAAAUGAGAACUUUUUCUGGAGAGGUCGUGCUAAACCAAUUUCUUUUUUUUCUUUCUUUGUGUGGUUUAACAUUGCACCAACACAAUUAUAGGUCAUAUGGCGACUUUCCGGCUUCGCUGGUGGAGGAAGACCCUAGGUGCACCUCCAUGCAUUACAUCACGAGCAGGCACCUGGAUAGAACCACCAACCUUCCGUAAGCCAGCUGGAUGGCUUCCUCACAUGAAGAAUUCAACGCCCUGAGUGAAGCUCGAACCCACCGGUGAGGGGUUCGAGUCUCAUUUGGGGCAUUGAAUCUUCACGCGAGGAAGCCAUCCAGCUGGCUUAGGAAGGAAGAUGGUUCUACCUAGGUGGCAGCUCAUGAUGAAAUAGUGCAUGGAAGGGCACCUGGGUUUUUGCUCCACCAUGAAAGCUUGGAUGUCACCAUAUGACCUAUAAUUGAGUCGAUGCAAUGUUAAACCCAACAAAAAAAUUAAAUCUGAGCCGAAGUGAUUAAUCAAAAUAUUCUCCAGAACUCUUUAAGUACAUGAAGCAUUUUCAUUAAAUAUUAAUACUAUUUCCUAUAAACUCAUAAUGAGAACAAAUCUGCCAAAAACAAUAUUACUGUUCAGGAUUAUGUCUCUUCCGUCCCCCCCCCCCCCCCCAUCCAUAUUGUUUUUGCCCUGUCCAUACUUGCGUCACACUUCAUUUCCAGUCAAUAACUGGAGAACCAUUUGACCUAGAACCUGCAAACUUCAUAGGAUGGUAGGGCUUAUGGAGUAGACAGCUGCUAUUGUUUUUGGGAUCACUCCAUCAAAGGUCAAGGUCACAGGGGCCUGAACAUGGAAAACCAUUUCCGAUCAAUAACUUGAGAACCACUUGACCCAGAAUGUUGAAACUUCAUAGGAUGAUUGGUCAUGCAGAGUAGAUGACCCCUAUUGUUUUUGGGGUCACUUUGUUAAAGGUCAAGGUCACAGGGGCCGGAACAUGGAAAGUCAUUUCUGAUCAAUAACUUGAGAAACACUACCCAGAAUGUUGAAAUUUCAUAGGGUGAUCGGGCAUGCAGAGUAGAUGGCCCCUAUUGAUUUUGGGGUCACUCUAUUAAAGGUCAAGGUCACAGCAGACAGAACAUGGAAAUCCAUUUUCGGUCAGUAAUUUGAGAACUAUUUAACCUAGAACCUUCAAACUUCAUAGGGUGAUAGGACUUACAGAGUAGAUGACCCCUAUUGUUUUUUUGCUCACUCCAUCAAAGGUCAAGGUCACAAUGGGCUGAACAUAGAGAACUCUUUCCAAUCAAUAAAAUGAGAACCACUUGACCCAGAAUGUUGAAACUUAAUAGGAUGAUUGGACAUACAGAGUUGAUGACCCCUAUUGAUUUUGGGGUCACUCUGUUAAAUGUCAAGGUCAAAGGAACUUGAACAUGGAAAGUCAUUUCUGAUCAAUAACUUGAGAACCACUUGACCCAGAAUGUUGAAACUUCAUAGGGUGAUUGGACAUGCAGAGUAAAUGACCCCUAUUGUUCUUGGGGUCUCUGUUAAAGGUCAAGGUCACAGGGGCUUGAACAUGGAAAACAAUUUCCAAUCAAUAACUUGAGAACCUCUUGACCAAGAAUGUUGAAACUUCAUAGAAUGAUUGGACAUGCAGAAUAUAUGACCGUUAUUGAUUUUGGGGUCACUUUAAUAAGGGUCAAGGUCACAGCAGACAGAACAUGGAAAUCCAUUUCCUGUCAAUAGCUUGAUAACUAUUUGACCUAGAACCUUCAGACUUCAUAGGGUGAUAGGACUUAAAGAGUAGAUGACCCUUAAUGUCUUUGGGGUCACUCCAUUGAAGGUCAAGGCCACAGAGGGCUGAACGUAAAAAACUUUCCAAUCAAUAACUUGAGAACCACUUGACCCAGAAUUGAAACUUAUUAGGAUGACUGGACAUGCAGGAUAGAUGACCACUACUGAUUUUGGGGUCACUCGAUCAAAGGUCAAGGUCACAGGGGCCUGAACAUAGAAAACUCCAGUUAAUAACUUGAGAACCACCAGGCCCAAAAUGUUGAAACUUCAUUGGAUGAUUGGUCAUUCAGAGUAGAUGACCCCUAUUGUUUUUGGGGUCACUUUGUAAAAGGUCAAGGUCACAGGGCCGGAACAUGGUAUGAUUGGACAUGCCAAGUAGAUGAUCCCUAUUGCAGUCAACCAUCAGUGUCUCUUUGACUUUCGCUCCUGUCCCCUAUUGACUUCUUGCCUAUACGACUAUGCACUGGGGGAGACGUGCUUUUUUACAAAAGCAUCUUCUAGUUUGUUUCUUUUUAAAUUUUAGUACUCUUAUGAAUUUCCAAACCAUAUAAAUUUUAAAUUACCAGUCAUAAUAUAGAAUUCACAUUGUAGCUGCCUAUCCUAAACAAAUGUACAUCUGCCACAUUCACAACUUAUCAUGCACUUCUGCUAAUUUACAAUGAAUUCCUACCUUUUGUGAAACCUUUUUAUUUUGUUAGCACAAACCUACAUGGUUAUGGCAAAAAUGGCUAUUCAGUGGGGAUAUGUGUUCGUGGAUUUAACAUUUUGAAAGUAAAAUUAGAUGGAAUUAUACUUAUUAAUUGGAAUUCAAUUUUGUGGAUUAACUCGAACACGAAAUCCACAAAAACUACUUCCUCACAAAUGUUAACGAUUUGUUUGAAUUAUAAUAUGACAUUUGAAGUAUCAUAUUUUCUCAUCUUUUAACUUCUCAUAUUUGUACAUAUUCUACAUUUAAUUUAAAUGUUGUGGUACUUUACUUACUAUUUUGUGCUAUUUUUAUGCCCCCCAAAGGGAGGCAUAUUAGUUUUCAACUGUCCGUCCAUUCGUUUGUUAGUUCGUUCGUCACAACGUUAACUUUUUGCAUGAAGGCACUUUACUCGCGAACCACUGCACCCAGGACCUUCAAACUUCACAUGCUGAUAGUACUUAUUGAGUACACCACCCCUACUGACUUUGGGGUCACCAGGUCAAAGGUCACAGGGGCCAACAUUAACUUUUUGCAUUCAGGCACUUUACUCGCGAACCACUGCACCCAGGACCUUCAAACUUCACUUGCUGAUAGUACUUGUUGAGUACACCACCCUACUGACUUUGGGGUCACUAGGUCAGAGGUCAAGGUCACAGGGGCUAACGUUAACUUUUUGCAUUCAGGCACUUUACUCGCGAACCACUGCACCCAGGACCUUCAAACUUCACUUGCUGAUAGUACUUAAUGAGUACACCACUCCUACUGACUUUGGGGUCACCAGGUCAAAGGCCAAGGUGCUGCGGGGACAAUUUGUCACCAUUAGUGACAGCUCUUGUUAUGUCUCCCCUAGGACACAUAUUGUUUUUGCCCUGUCCGUCCGUCCGUACGUCACACUUCAUUUCCGAGCAAUAACUGGAGAACCAUUUGACCUAGAACCUUCAAACUUCUUAGGGUUGUAGGGCUGCUGGAGUAGACGACCCCUAUUGUUUUUGGGGUCACUCCGUCAAAGGUCAAGGUCACAGGGGCCUGAACAUUGAAAACCAUUUCCUAUCAAUAACUAGAGAACCACUUGACCCAGAAUGUGGAAACUUCAUAGGAUGAUUGAUCAUGAAGAGUAGAUGACCCCUAUUGAUUUUGGGGUCACUCCGUCAAAGGUCAAGGUCACAGGGGCCUGAACAUUGAAAACCAUUUCCGAUCAAUAACUAGAGAACCACUUGACCCAGAAUGUUGAAACUUCAUAGGAUGAUUGGUCAUGAAGAGUAGAUGACCCAUAUCGAUCUUGGGGUCACUUUGUCAAAGGUCAAGGUCACAGGGGCCUGAACAUUGAAAACCAUUUCCGAUCAAUAACCAGAGAACCACUUGACCCAGAAUAUUGAAACUUCAUAGGAUGAUUGGUCAUGAAGAGAAGAUGUCCCCUAUUGAUUUUGGGGUCACUCCGUCAAAGGUCAAGGUCACAGGGGCCUGAACAUUGAAAACCAUUUCUGAUCAAUAACUAGAGAACCACUUGACCCAGAAUGUUGAAACUGCAUAGGAUGAUUGGUCAUGAAGAGUAGAUGUCCCCUAUUGAUUUUGGGGUCACCCUGUCAAAGGUCAAGGUCACAGGGGCCUGAACAUUGAAAACCAUUUCUGAUCAAUAACUAGAGAACCACUUGACCCAGAAUGUUGAAACUUCAUAGGAUGAUUGGUCAUGAAGAGUAGAUGACCCCUAUCUAUCUUGGGGUCACUCCGUCAAAGGUCAAGGUCACAGGGGCCUGAACAUUGAAAACCAUUUCCGAUCAAUAACCAGAGAACCACUUGACCCAGAAUGUUGAAACUUCAUAGGAUGAUUGGUCAUGAAGAGAAGAUGUCCCCUAUUGAUUUUGGGGUCACUCCGUCAAAGGUCAAGGUCACAGGGGCCUGAACAUUGAAAACCAUUUCCGAUCAAUAACUAGAGAACCACUUGACCCAGAAUGUUGAAACUGCAUAGGAUGAUUGGUCAUGAAGAGUAGAUGUCCCCUAUUGAUUUUGGGGUCACUCUGUCAAAGGUCAAGGUCACAGGGGCCAGAACAUUGAAAACCAUUUCCGAUCAAUAACUAGAGAACCACUUGACCCAGAAUGUUGAAACUUCAUAGGAUGAUUGGUCAUGAAGAGUAGAUGACCCCUAUUGAUUUUGGGGUCACUCCGUCAAAGGUCAAGGUCACAGGGGCCUGAACAUUGAAAACCAUUUCCAGUCAGUAACUUGAGAACCACUUGACCCAGAAUGUUGAAACUUAAUAGGAUGAUUGGUCAUGCAGAGUAGAUGACCCCUUACAAUAUUGGGGUCACUCUGUGAAAGGUCAAGGUCACAGGGGCCUGAACAUUGAAAACCAUUUCCGGUCAGUAACUUGAGAACCACUUGACCCAGAAUGAUGAAACUUCAUAGGAUGAUUGGUCAUGCAGAGUAGAUGACCCCUAACGAUUUUAGGGUCACUCUGUUAAAGGUCAAGGCCACAGGGGCCUGAACAUGGAAAACCAUUUCCAAUCAAUAACUUGAGAACCUCUCGACCCAGAAUGUUGAAACUUCAUAGGAUGAUUGUUCAUGCAGAGUAAAUGACCCCUAUUGUUUUUGGGGUCAGUCUAUUAAAGGUCAAGGUCACAGUGGCCUGUUCAUGUAAAAUCAUUUUUUGGAAAUAACUUGAGAACCACUUGACCUACAAUGUUGAAACUUAAUAGGAUGAUUGGACAUGCAGAGUAGAUGACCCCUAUUCUAUUUUGAGGUCAUCUGAUCAAAGGUCAAGGUCACAGGAGCCUGAACAGUGACUUGAGAACCAAUAGGCCAAGAGUGUUGAAAUUUAACGGGAUGACUGUACAUGCCAAGUAGAUGAUCCCUAUUGCAGCCAACCAUCAGUGUCUCUUUGACUUUCGCUCCUGACCCCUAUUGAUUUCUUGCAUAUAGGACUUUGCAUUGGGGGAGACAUGCGCUUUUUUACAAAAGCAUUUUCUAGUUUCUUUUAAAAUAUUUAAAUUAUUUGUGUUUGCCUAUGCUAAUAAAUCCUGAAUAGUCUUUGGUUUAUAAAGUUUAUGUUACGUAUCCACAUAACAACACAUUCAGCUUGAUCUUUGACAUUGUUUUGCAUGUUGCUUAUUUUCUAAAUAAUUCUUUACAAGGUUUUAACCCUUACCCUGCUAAAUUUCUAUAAUGAACUUGUCCAUCUUUCAAUUUGGACAAUACCAUUUACUGUUUAAAAGGUUGCUAAACAAAAAUAUACUGACUGAACAGUGAACAGUGCAGAUCUUGAUUAGACUGCACGAAUGUGCAGGCUGAUAAUGAUCUACACUCGUCGCAAAGACAGAAUCAAUCCUUUCCAGCAUGAUCAGGGUUGAAUAUAGAAAUUAGAUGUAAAAUGAGCUGUUUCAAAGUCUGUUUUCUAUUAUAGCCAUCAUUUUAAAUGACUUAUAUGCGGGUAUUAUAAACAAAACUUCAGAUACUGAAAAAGCAGAUUUACACAUUCACUGACAUUCAUUACAUUGAGGACAGUUGUAAACUGUAAAGGCAAUUUUAUUGAAUAAAAUUUAAUUUAUA